CUGGGAGACUGUACCCAAGUCCAAAGAAUCACCCCCAAAUCUUGACUUUUUUGAAGAUGACUCACCUGCAUCUGAAAAAGCAACAAUGGAAACGCUGCCAAGGAUUAGUCUAGAGAACCCCACCUUUCAAGACACAUGGGAAUGUGAUGGCAGAAUAGAGAGGCAGCAGGAAAACCAAGAGAGAGAUUUAAGGCAAGUCAAAAUCACCCACAAGAAACCUCCCCCUGGAGAGAGAGGUCAUGAAAUUAGUGAACUUGGAAGGAACUUUGGUUUGAGGUCAGUCCUUGUUACACAACAGAGAAUACAUGCUGGAGAGAAACCCUAUACUUGUAAUGAUUGUGGGAAAGGCUUCAGCUACUGCUCAUCCCUUUCUCAGCAUCAGAAAAGUCAUACUGGAGAGAAACCAUAUGAAUGUAAUGAAUGUGGGAAAGCCUUCAGCCAGAGCUCAUCCCUUGUUCAGCAUCAGAGAAUUCAUACUGGAGAGAAACCUUAUAAAUGUAAUGAAUGUGGAAAAGCUUUCAGCCAGAAUGCAAACCUAACAAAACAUCAGAGAACUCAUACUGGAGAGAAGCCCUAUAAAUGUAAUGAAUGUGAGAGAGCCUUCAGUGACUGCUCAGCCCUUAUUCAGCAUCAGAGAAUUCAUACUGGAGAGAAACCCUAUGAAUGUAGUGAAUGUGGAAAAGCCUUCCGCCACAGUGCAAAUCUCACAAAUCAUCAAAGAACUCAUACUGGAGAAAAGCCCUAUAAAUGUAUUCAGUGUGGAAAAUCCUUUGGUUAUUGUGCAGCCUUCAUUCAGCAUCAGAGAAUUCAUACUGGAGAGAAACCCUAUAAAUGUAAUGAAUGUGGGAAAGCCUUUAGUCAGAGUGCAAAUCUCACGAACCAUCAGAGAAUUCAUACUGGAGAGAAACCCUAUAAGUGUAAUGAAUGUGGGAAAGACUUCAGCCAGAGUACAAACCUCAUCAUCCAUCAGAAAAUUCAUACUGGAGAGAAACCUUAUGAAUGUAAUGAAUGUGGGAAAGCCUUCAGUGAUAGCUCAGCUCUUAUUAGACAUCAUGUCAUUCACACUGGAGAGAAACCCUAUGAAUGUAAUGAAUGUGGGAAAGCUUUCAAUCAGAGCUCAUCACUUACUCAGCAUCAGAGAACUCAUACUGGAGAGAAACCUUAUAAAUGUAAGGAAUGUGGGAAGGCUUUCAGGUGUAGUUCAGCUUUCAUCAGACAUCAAAGACUCCAUACAGGAGAGAAAACAUAUGAGUGUAAUGAAUGUGGAAAAGUUUUUAAUAAGGGUGCCCUACUCAAACAGCAUCAGAGAAUUCAUACAGGAGAGAAACCCUAUAAAUGUAAUGACUGUGGAAAAGCUUUCAGACUUCGUGGAAACCUUACUCAACACAGAAGGAUUCAUACUGGAGAGAAACCCUAUAAAUGUAAUGAAUGUGGGAAGGCCUUCAGACUGCAUGGACACCUUACUCAACAUAAAAGAAUUCAUCCUGGAGAAAGAAUAUUUGAAUGUAAUGAAUGUGGAAAAGCUUUCCAUAGGGCUGCACUUUUAUUGCAACACAAGAGAAUCCAUACUGGAGAGAAACCCUAUAAAUGUAAUGAAUGUGAAAAGGUUUUUAGUAAUAGUGCCCUCCUCAUGCAACACCAGAGAAUCCAUACUGGAGAGAAACCCUAUGAAUGUAAUGAAUGUGGAAAAGCCUUCAGACUUAGAGGAAACCUUACUCAACAUAAAAGAAUCCAUACUGGAGAAAAACCCUAUCAAUGUAAUAAUUGUGGGAAAGCUUUCAGUAAGGGUACACUUCUUAUGCAGCAUCAGAGAGUCCAUACUGGAGAGAAACCUUAUGAAUGUCAUGAGUGUGGAAAAGCCUUCAGACUUCGUGGAAAUCUUACACAACAUAAGAGAAUUCAUACUGGAGAGAAACCCUAUAAAUGUAAUAAUUGUGGGAAAACCUUCAGUCAGAGUAAACACCUAACUCAACAUCAGAGAAUUCAUACUGGAGAGAAACCCUAUGAAUGUAAUGAAUGUGGGAAGGCAUUUUGUGAUAGAUCAUCCUUGACUAAACAUCAGAGGAUUCAUACUGGAGAGAAACCUUAUGAAUGUAAUGAAUGUGGGAAAGCUUUCAGUAGGGGUGCACUCCUUACUCAACAUCAAAGAGUCCAUACUGGUGAGAAACCUUAUAAAUGUAAUGAUUGUGGGAAAGCAUUUAGUAAGGGGGCACUCCUUAGGCAACAUCAGAGAGUCCAUACUGGCGAGAAACCAUAUAAGUGUAAUGAAUGUGGAAAACCCUUCAGACUUCGUGGACACCUUACUCAACAUAAAAGAAUUCAUACUGGAGAGAAGCCUUAUGAGUGUAGUGAAUGUGGGAAAACCUUCCGCCAAAGCACAGACUGUACUCAACAUCAGAGAAUCCAUACUGGAGAGAGACCUUAUGCAUGUAGUGAAUGUGGGAAAGCAUUUUGUGACAGGUCAUCUUUGACUAAACAUCAGAAGAUUCACACUGGAGAAAAACCUUAUGAAUGCAAUGAAUGUGGAAAAGCAUUUAUUCGAAGUUCAUAUCUUAUUCAACACCAUAUAACUCAUACUGGAGAGAAGCCCUUUGAAUGUAAUGAAUGUGGGAAAGCCUUCAGCCUGCAUGCAAAUCUUACUCGACAUCAGAGAAUUCAUACUGGAGAGAAACCAUAUAAAUGUAAUCAUUGUGGAAAUGCAUUUAGGCAUAGUUCCCACUAGGUGCGUCAUCAAGUAGUACAUACUGGAGAGAAACCUUAUAAAUGUAAUGAAUGUGAGAAGGCUUUCAGUAAAGGUGCACUCCUUAUUCAACAUCAAAGAGUCCAUACUGGAGAGAAACCUUAUAAAUGUAAUGACUGUGAAAAAGCUUUCAGUAAAGCUGCACUCCUUAUGCAACAUCAAAGAGUCCAUACUGGAGAAAAACCCUAUAUGUGUAAUGAAUGUGGGAAAGCCUUUAGUCAGAGCAUAUGCCUUACUCGCCAUAAGAGGAUUCACACUGGAGAAAAGCCCUAUGAAUGUAAUGAAUGUGGAAAGACUUUUAGAUUACGUGGACACCUUACUCAACAUCAGAGAAUUCAUACUGGAGAAAAACCAUAUAAAUGUAAUGAAUGUGGGAAAACUUUUAGUCAGAGUACAGAUCGUACUCAACAUGAGAGAAUUCAUACUGGAGAGAAACCUUAUAAAUGUAUUGAAUGUGGGAAAACCUUCAUUCAGAGUACACACUUGACUCAGCAUCAGAGAAUCCAUACUGGAGAAAAACCCUAUGAAUGUAGUGAAUGUGGAAAAGCAUUUUGUGAUAGGUCAUCUUUUACUAAACAUCAAAGAAUUCACACUGGAGAGAAACCUUAUGAAUGUACUGAAUGUGGGAAAGCCUUUAUUAGAAGUUCAGACCUUAUUCAGCAUCAUAGAACUCAUACAGGGGAGAAACCAUAUGAAUGUAAUGCAUGUGGGAAAGCCUUCAGCCUACAUGUACACCUUACUCGACAUCAGAGAAUCCAUACUGGAGAGAAACCUUAUAAAUGUAAUCAAUGUGGGAAUACCUUUAGGCAUAGUUCAGCUCUGGUCAGACACCUGAGACUUCAUAGUGGAGAAUAA